CAUAAAACCAAAAAUACUAAAAGAAACCAAAAGAAAAAAAAAACAAAAACGGUGGAAGAGACAAAGAUGAAUUGCUCUGGUUCUCAGCUUCACAAUGUCUUUGUCUAUGGUAGCUUUCAAGAGCCCGACGUCAUCAACGUGAUGUUUGACCGUAUUCCUGAGAUCGUCUCCGCAACACUCCCGGGCUUUCAGAGGUUUAGGCUUAAAGGACGUUUGUAUCCAUGUAUUGUUCCCUGUGAGAAAGGAGAAGUUCAUGGAAAGGUACUAAUGGGAUUAACAGGUGAUGAACUUGAGAAUAUAGAUGCGAUUGAGGGAAAUGAAUAUGAGAGAGUGACCGUUGGGAUUGUUAGGGAGGACACUUCGGAGAAGAUGCCAGUGAAAACAUAUAUAUGGAUCAACAGGGGUGAUCCUGACAUCUUUGGAGAAUGGGAUUUUGAGGAAUGGAAACGAUUGCACAAAAAGAAAUUCAUAGAGACAUUCAAGAAAACCAUGGAAUGUAAGAAGAAACCUCAGGGACAGGAAAGUGAUGAUUUCAGCCAUACCCUACGCGAAGAUCAAUCGGAUGAGACUCCAUUGUCUUGAAUGGACUUGUGUUUGAGUAUGUUCUAUAUAUUACCUUUGUUUCUAGAAUUCUGAAAUAAAUAAACGUUGAGAGUAUAAAAUAUUGUGGAGAUU